CGACUGGUUCGAGCUGCGCAUGCGCCAAACAACGCGGAUAUGAUGUGUUCUGGGCGCUGCGGCUGGCCGUAGAUUUGGCGGGUACUGCAAAACGUAAACAGAAGACGCUGAGAAAUGGAGGAAAGCAAAGUAGCAACACAAAAGGAGGCUGUAGAUAACACAUGCGUUAAAGACUCAACUGAAAACCAGAUAAAUGACGCUACAGGAGAAGUUUCCUCACAGGUGUCAAACACUGGAUCCGUGUGUAAGCCGUCCGAGGACACGGAAGCUCGGUUUAACAGACUGAAGUUGUUCGACAAAGUGAUGCAGAAGAGCCUGGAGAAGCUCAUCGAAACUGCCAGUUUUAACAGAUUCGCCAGCACCUACGGUCCGCUGUACAAGAAAAACCCUGAGAAGAUCGUGAGCAUUCACAAGCAGUUCAUUGAGGAGUUGCAGAGGACUAUACAGGAGGACAUCAGCAGAUUGAUUGAAGAAGGCCGGUUAGAGUUAAAACUGAAUGAGCUGGACAAACUGGAACAUGCUGCCAAGAACAGUGCAGACCCUGCAUGGCGGCCGAGUGGGGUUCCUGAGCAGGACUUUUGCAGCUUUUUGAUGCCAUACUAUCAAAAGCAGGAGGCCUACAUGCGACAGGAGCUGAAAAAGAUUCAAGCAGAGAAUGCUGCUCUGGCACAGAAGGUUCAGGCUGGUAGAGAGAGUGUUGCUCAGACUGAACAUCGUAUUUCUACCGCCGUUGAUGAGUGGAAGGCAUCUGUCAUAGAGUUUGAAAGGCUGGCAUCUUCUCUCUGCCCUGUUGAUGUCCUUGAUGUGUGAUCUUCAAAUUAUUUGUCCUGGAGAUAUAUCCACUAACUUAACUGUACAUAUUGAUUUUGUAUCCAACGUGUGUUUGUCUGAGAAUAAACUUUAAAUCUUGGAAAUAAAAA